AUGUACGAGUCUCCACCUGAAUUUACCCGAACAAUCCUUGAUAAUAGUCUACUGGAGUUUUUGAAGGAGACACGAGGCUAUUCAACACACAGAAUAAGACACAAAAGAGGGAAAAAAGUAACUUACACACCAGGAACCCAAAUAACUCCGCAAAAUCAUAAAGACAUUCAAUCUACCGACAUUCAACAAGAAAUACUGGAGGAUGAACCGGCUGUUGAGUCACCUUUUGAUGGUCCUUCUACCAUAGGGAUGCUUUCAAUUACUAAUGAACCCCCUGCAAUUCUUGAUGAUCCUUCUACCUCAGGGAUUCCCUCAACUUUGAAUGAACACCCGGAAAAGGAUCAAGCUUCUUCGGAAGAAGAUACUCCUUUAGCUCAAUUCGUUCGCAAAAGACGCAAGAAGAGCAAGGGAAAGGAGAACGAAAAUCUUUGCUACAUCAGCAAAUGCGAUUUUAGAUUUUAUUUCAAUGCUCGAUACUGGAUUCGUUGCAUUACAUGUAGCAUGUGGGUCUGCGGUGUUAUCCUUACCUCAGGUCCUUGCUCAUAA